UGCAAUACUCAAACUGUGUUUGUUAAAUUAUAAAUACAGUGACGGCGCGUAUAUUGCGUGUAAUACACACAAUACAAGCACAGCAAAAGAUACUAAACACAUUUUACGAUGCCAUAGAACCGCGUGAUGGAGGGUGCCACGGGCAGCCACCACUACAUGAACCCAGACUCGCGCGUGUGCCAGGUGUGCGGCCAGUUCCACGAGCAGCACGGACCGCACCUUUACGACUAUCACGAGUCCGUCGAUGAAGAUCUCGUCUGCCACAUCUGCCUGCAGCCUCUGGUCAGCCCACUGGACACAAAGUGUGGCCACACGUUCUGCGGCCGCUGCAUCAAGAACUACUUGAGCAUGAACGAUGCAUGUCCAGUUGAUCGGUCACCUCUGUCCAGUAGUCAACUGAUGCUUGCAACUCACAUGGUCAGACGGCUUUUGGACAAGCUUCUUGUCGUCUGUCCAAACGUUGAUUACUGCGAAGCUGUCCUGCCCAGGUGCGAACUUGAGAGUCAUCUCCAGCACAGGUGUCACGGUGUGUUGUCGCCCGUGCGUUGCGCAGGCAAGCUUGGCUGUCCGCUACCAGGGCCGCGUGGCGCCUACAGAACCAUUCUCUGGGAGUGCCAAGUAUCGUAA